UAAAAUUUAUUUAUAGAUUUAUUUUGUAUAAAAAAAGUUAAAACCUUUGAUAGAUUAAUGAUUCACAUUACCAAAUAAGGCUUAAAUUACAAAAUUAGGAGUUACUUACCAUAAGCUUCGCCAAGAAGAUUAGGUUUCCGCCAUUAAAAUGAGUAAUGGAAACGGAAAAUAAUUGGUUUGCUGGACGAGACAACUCACCAGCUGUUGCGGCUCUCUCAAGUGACACUCCCACGAACCCACCAGCCAAAAAAAAAAAGUACACGGAAGAAGAUAGAAAGAGAAGCACAAAAAAAUGGGAACUUUAGAGGGAGAAAGAUAGUCCUCCUACUUUAGUGAGAGAAACAGAGGGCGAGGGAGAGAAACAGAGAGACAGUAACCGGUUCAUUUUGAGAGAGACAGAUAUUGGGGGGGAGAGAGAAGGGGACAGUGUGAGAGUGUGUGUGAGAUAUUUGCCCAGAGCGAGAGGGGGAGGAAGAGAGAGAAAGUACUGCUGCUAGUAACAAAGUCUUGUCCUUUUGAUUCACCACCCAUGUUAUUGUUAUUGGUGUUGCUGUUGUCCCCUAAUCUUCUUCAGAUUUCUUCCUUUGCUCCCUCUUCACUCUAUUCGUCUUCUUCGUUUUCGUCUUCUACUUCUUGAGGUAUGUACUUAAUUCUUGUUUUCUCUUUCACUCUUCUUCUUCUCACUUUCUUUUGUGCCUACACUCUGUUUUAAUGGCGGUCGUCAUAUUUUUGGGUCCAAACUGUGCUUCUCUGGUUAGAUCUCUCCCAUUUACUUGUUUGUACCCUAAAUGGCGACCUGGGUCUGUCUCGUUUUCUGAAGUUUUCUCUCUUUUGGUUCCCUUGGCCCAAAAUCCUUGUGCUCGGUUUCCGGUGAAAUCUCAAACUAAUGGUUAAGGGUUUGAUUGCUCAUUUUGGGCGCUCUAAGUGCGCUGGAUCUUUUUCUUGUUUCUGUUCCUCUGGCACGCUUCUAAGUUCCACUAUUGGAUGAGAUCUUGGAAAUUCUAAUUCCUAAUUUGCUCUAGAUCUUGGUUAGUUGUGUAUAAUGUUGAUAUGGGUUUCACUUCUCUCAGAUGGGACAAGUUCAAUUUGAAUCUAUGGGUAAUGGGUAUCUCUAAAUACUGCUAUUUCUAGCUGAUUCUUACUUGGGAUGCAACCAUCAGCUGUCACUUUAUCUGCUCCGAGGUUUUGAUGAACAGCCUGCCGCUCUGAGUUGUGAAUAAAUUGCUAGAAUGCUGUGAUUAUAAGAACAUUCAAGCUAUGGUGUUUAGCUAUUGGAGCUCGGUUAGCUAACUCAACGGAUCUUGAUUCUGUAGUUUGAUUUGUUGAAACUUGUAUAGUCAAAUGCUGAGCUCUCGUGUUUGGCCUCUUUAUUUGGGAUAUAGGACUAGGGAAUCUGCUUGAAGUGUGUGGUUGACUUCCUUUGCCGAAGGGAAUUCUGGGUGUUCGUUUGUGUCUUAUAUUAUGCAGUCAUUUCUAUGAGGAAACCACUGAAUCGUAAGUGACAAUCCUGUUUCCCCUUGUUAGUGCCCAUCUGUUAGUUCUUGCUUGCCUUUCGAAUGAAGAAGGGGAGAGUUGACAGAUAGUAGGCUGAUUUAUCACACUGUUCUGGGUUGUUCUUAUUUCUUGAAAUGGGGGUGGAUUGCAGAUGAUUUAGCAACGGUUCUUAUGUGUCAAACUUAGCUGGUAUUUGAGCUCAACAUGACCUGUGUAUAACCAUCAUGGGUUAUAAUGAGGUGUCUUGGUUCUUUAUUUGUUUCCUGUGGUAAUUUUGUUGUCAUUUCAAGCAUUAUAUGCCCCAUGCUUCUGAAUUUGGUUUUGGACACUACAUCUCAUCUUUUUUAUUUCUUGGCUUUGAAUGUGAGUUGUUUUUUAGCAUAGAUUUUGUUGCCCGCAUGAUCUCAUACAUUUGUCGUGGUACAUAACGAUCAGUUUGUGGAUGAUUUCAUUCUGCUGCUCACAAUGUGGACUCCGAAUGGCUCUUAUUACUCACCUUAUUUAAUGCUUUCGUAGCCAUUUUUUAAAUUACUUUGGUGUGUAGAGAUUUUGAGGAAGCUACUGACACUCGUGCGCAUCUUGUUGUCUUACUUGGCUUCUUUUUUAUGCAAUAAACUCCCUUCAGAAUUGGGAUAGCCGUUAUGCCUUUGUGGAACGAUUUUGCCUUCAAUUAAUAUCCAUGAGAUACCUAAUGCUUUGAAGUGAAGCCAUAUAUCUACUAUCGUGCUAUGAGUGUAGGAGAACUUAUUAACGUGAUAGUGAUUGCUUUUUGUUCUUAGGAUUGCUUUGAUCAUUGCAUCAAAGGGAGUAGCUGCAGUUGUCUUGUAAUUACUUCUGGGUGGUGUCUCUAAGGAAAGCUAUAUAGAUGGGUUCCCGUUUCCCAUCUCAUCAGCUCAGCAAUGGGCUCUACGUAUCAGGUCGGCCUGAGCAGCCGAAGGAAAGAGGUCCAACUAUGAGUUCUGUGGCAAUGCCAUAUACCGGGGGUGAUAUCAAGAAGUCAGGAGAAUUAGGGAAGAUGUUUGAUAUACCUGUGGAUGGCUCAAAGUCUAGGAAGUCUGGACCAAUAACUGGGGCACCUUCAAGGACGGGAUCGUUUGGAGGUGCUGCUUCACAUUCAGGACCAAUUAUGCCCAAUGCAGCUGCUCGGGCAGCCUACACUACAUCAGGUGCUGCGUCUUCUGGCGCCAUGUCUGGCUCAGCUUCUCUAAAGAAAUCAAAUUCUGGACCCCUUAACAAACAUGGUGAACCUAUAAAGAAGUCAUCUGGUCCUCAAUCUGGUGGAGUGACACCUUCCGGUCGACAGAACUCUGGCCCUAUUCCUCCUGUUCUUCCUGCAACUGGCCUCAUCACAUCUGGGCCUAUUUCUUCAGGACCACUAAAUUCCUCUGGUGCUCCUCGUAAGGUAUCUGGUCCUCUGGAAUCUAUGGGAUCGAUCAAGAUUCCAUCCGGUGUUCACAAUCAGGCCGUCACUAUUCUCAGCCAAGAUGAUGAGUUUUCCUUCAAAAAGAACUUCCCCAAACCAAUAUUUUGGUCGCUGAUUCUACUCUUUGUAAUGGGUUUCAUUGCUGGUGGGUUUAUCCUUGGAGCAGUCCAUAAUCCCAUACUUCUCGUCGUUGUUGUGGUUCUUUUCGGUGCUGUUGCUGCAUUGUUCAUAUGGAAUAAUUGUUUUGGGAGGAAAGCUAUCAUGGGCUACAUUGCCCAGUAUCCAGAUGCUGAGCUACGAAAUGCCAAAAAUGGGCAAUUUGUGAAGAUUUCUGGGGUGGUUACCUGUGGCAAUGUUCCUCUCGAGUCCUCGUUCCAAAGGGUUCCUAGAUGUGUGUAUACAUCAACCAGUUUGUACGAGUAUCGAGGAUGGGAUUCGAAAGCUGCCAAUGCUAAACAUCGCCGUUUCACUUGGGGGCUCAGGUCUCUUGAAAGGCGUGCUGUAGACUUCUACAUCUCUGACUUCCAGUCGGGAUUAAGAGCGUUGGUUAAAACAGGGUUUGGAGCAAGAGUGACACCCUAUGUAGAUGACUCUCUUGUCAUUGACAUAAAUGCGGGUUCUGAGGAUUUGUCUCCCGAGUUUUCAAGAUGGUUGGCCGAGAGGAAUUUAUCGAGCGACGAUCGGAUGAUGCGGUUAAAAGAAGGAUACAUCAAAGAAGGGAGCACAGUGAGUGUAAUGGGAGUUGUUCAAAGGAAUGACAAUGUGCUUAUGAUCUUACCACCUCCUGAACCCUUCACGACAGGUUGCCAGUGGGGAAAGUGCAUUUGUCCUGCUAGUCUCGAGGGCAUUGUGUUGAGAUGUGAAGACACCUCCAGGAAUGAUGUCAUACCUGUGUAAUAAUUUGUUGGUUGGUAGACAGACUCAAUGGCAGGCCUUUUCUUCUCCUUUUGUUUUUCCUGCAUAUUUCUUCCAUUAAUAUUGGUGGUGGUGGUGCGGCAGGCAGGCAGGCAACAAACAUGCAGCAUUGCUGGUGGUGAUGGUGCUGCUGUACCUAUGAGUGGUGAUGAUGAUUGUAAUGAUUAUUAGGUGGUGGUGUUUCCUUUUUUGUAAUUUUUUGUUUUUAUCCCUGAGAAGUUUUACUCGUGUAUAGUUUGGUCUUGGUGUUUUUUUUUUUGUUUGUUUAAUCUGGUUUCCAUUUUUUCAAUUUUUCAACUAGGGAUCGAAGAAGGCUUUUGGUUAUGUGGGGUGGAUGUUGAUGAUUAUAUUGUAGGAAUGUUUGAGCAGAGUUGCCCGGUUAUGUGAAAUAGAAAGAAGGAAAAAGAAAGACCAUCUGUGAGCUAUAUACCUCUCUAUAUUGUAUAUAUCUCUCUGUCUCUGUCUCUGUCUCUGUCUGUCACUCAGUAGUCAACAAAUGAAAUAAAGAAAGCAAGAGCUUCUGGAAAAGCAUCUUGCCAGCCAAUAUCAACUCCAUCACGUUUGGUAUGCUGGAAAUUUUGACAAAGUCGAGUAUAAUAUAGAAGCCUACGGAUG